CCCAAGUGUGUCUGGGACUCCUCUGGUGCUGGUGAUGGACCUGGACAAUGACGGAGGAAGCAGAAGAGGAAGUCAACGUCUCUCCAAAGACUGAGCAACAGACUCCACAUUUUCUACAGGAUAUCAUCUUCCAUGGCAAGUUUAGGCUGUUGAAGGCUCUAACUCCAGAGGAAAACACCCGCUGCCAGCAUGGCCUCUACUUCCAGGAUGGUCAGAGGCGUGUUGACUACGUCCUGACCUACCCUGUAAAGAAGCCAGCUGGGGGUCGAUCCAGUCGACAGUCAAUGCACCUGCUCACUGAAAUUGCUGUAGCCCGCAGCCUACGCUGUGGACCCCGGAGCCGUGACAAACAUGUCCAAUACCACCAAGCAGAAAUGGCAAGAGACACAUCAUUAUCUCCACUGUCAUCACCGGAGUCCAGUGUGGAGCUGGGCUGCCCAGGAGGGACCUUCGAUGGCCAGGAGGAUCAUAAGUCAUUCAGGAGGGAGGAGUUUGAGGGGAAACUAAGAGACAUGGGGCUGGAGCUGGAGAAAGACGAGGAUGCAAAGAUUCCAGGAGUGUGCUUUGUGAAGAUCCAUGCUCCCUGGAAUGUUCUCUGUCGAGAGGCUGAGUUCAUGAAGCUAAAGAUGCCCACCAAGAGGGUAUAUGAAGUCAAGCAGUCAAGCAGUGUUGUGGAGAAGAUCUGCUCUCUAGUUAGUAAAGUUCUGGACCCUCUCCAUCCCCAUGUUGAGGAACACCAACCUGAGAACAUCAAACACCUUUCACACACAUUCUCCAGGGAAAAACAACACCUGUUUGACCUCUCAGACAAAGAUUACUUCUUCGACAGCAAAACCAGAAGUUCAAUAGUUUUUGAAAUACUAAAAAGAACAAAAUGCAAAGCCAAGUACAGCAUGGGUAUCACCAGUCUCCUGGGCAGUGGUGUCUAUACAGCAGCCUACCCUCUUCAUGAUGGAGAUAUUGAUGAGGAGAGCGCAGAGUUCAAUGACAGAAAGCUUUUGUAUGAGGAGUGGGCAAACUACGGUGUCUUCUACAAGUACCAGCCCAUUGGACUUGUGCGGAAGUAUUUUGGUGAGAAGAUUGGCCUGUACUUUGCAUGGUUGGGUCUGUAUACCCAGAUGCUGAUUCCUGCCUCUCUUGUGGGAGUCAUUGUCUUUCUGUAUGGAUGUGCCACAGUUGAUGACAACAUACCUAGCAUGGAGAUCUGCCACCCAAAGAACAACAUCACCAUGUGUCCUCUGUGUGACAGAGUGUGCAGUUACUGGAAGCUUAGUACUGCCUGUGGAACCGCCAGGGCUAGUCACCUGUUUGACAAUCCUGCCACUGUUUUCUUCUCUAUAUUCAUGGCUCUGUGGGCCGCCAUGUUCAUGGAGCAUUGGAAGAGGAGACAGAUGAGACUGAACUAUGAAUGGGACCUGACUGGGUUUGAAGAUGAGGAGGAAGCUCUCAAGGACCACCCCAGGGCUGAGUAUGAAUUCAGCGUCAUGCAGAAGUCUCUGAGAAAACAUCAGGCAUUACAUCAAAAGAUGGAUAAGCUCACAUGUCAAGACCGCCUCCCCGCCUACAUGACUAACAUUGUCAUGAUGCUGUUAAUGAUUGGUGUUACAUUUGCCAUUGUGUUUGGUGUGAUCCUCUACCGGAUCUCCACCAAAGCUGCUCUUCAUAUGAGCUCCAAUCCAAUCACACGGAACCAUGUACAACUAACAGUCAAAACCACAGCAGCUAUUAUCAACCUGGUGGUCAUACUUAUACUGGACGAGGUGUAUGGAGCUGUGGCACGAUGGCUCACUGUGUUAGAGGUUCCGAAAACAGACAAGAGUUUUGAGGAACGACUGAUCUUCAAGACCUUCAUUCUCAAGUUUGUCAAUGCUUUCAGCCCCAUCAUCUACAUUGCUUUCUUCAGGGGAAGACUGGUAGGCAGACCAGGCAGCUACCUGUAUGUGUUUGAAUCCUACAGAAUGGAAGAGUGUGCUCAUGGAGGCUGUCUGAUGGAACUGUGUAUCCAGCUGAGUAUCACCAUGUUGGGAAAGCAGCUAAUUCAGAACAACCUUUUUGAGAUUGGAUUACCCAAACUGAAGAAGCUGAUUCGCUUCAUCCGGUCAAAACGAGGGGCUUUUCAAGAAGAAGAGAGACAGAAGAAGCUGCAGAGAUAUGAAACUGACCACUUCCUGGAGCCAUUUGCUGGGUUAACACCUGAAUAUAUGGAAAUGAUCAUUCAGUUUGGUUUUGUCACAUUAUUCGUGGCAUCCUUCCCUCUGGCUCCACUCUUUGCCCUGCUGAACAACAUCAUUGAAAUACGACUUGAUGCCAAGAAAUUUGUGACUGAACUGCGAAGACCAGUGGCAGCUAGAGCCAAAGACAUUGGUAUAUGGUACAACAUCCUAAGAGGGGUAGCAAAAGUGGCUGUCAUCAUUAAUGCAUUUGUCAUCUCCUUCACCUCAGACUUCAUCCCUCGGAUGGUCUACCAGUACAUGUACAGCCCUGAUGGCUCCAUGCAUGGAUUUGUCAACCAUACUCUGUCCUAUUUUAAUGUCAGCCACUUCCAGGAUGGCAAAGAACCCAUGGAUCCAUUGCACCUUGGCUACCCAGUUGGGAUCUGCAGGUAUAAGGACUACAGAGAACCUCCUUGGUCAACCACUCCAUAUGUGAUCUCAAAGGAAUUUUGGGUGGUGCUUGCUGUUCGAUUGGCCUUUGUCAUUGUUUUCCAGAAUGUUGUGAUGCUGAUGAGUGACAUUGUGGACUGGCUAAUUCCAGACAUCCCUAAAGACAUCAGCCUCCAGAUCCACAAGGAGAAGAUUUUAUUGGUGGAUCUCUUCAUGAAGGAAGAGCAAGGCAAGAUUCACAUCCUUGAGAGCAGGGCCUCCACAGGGGGCAAGGAGAACUGCAGCAGGAGCAACAACAGCACAAUGGCUCACCCACGCUCCGGACUGCACACCAACAGCUUCUAAUGCUACUUACAAUUAAUUGAAUGGGGUCUCAGUUGGCAAGUCAAAGCUUGCUAGCAGCCAGCUUGCUCAGGCCAUUCUAAACACUGUUUUUGUUCUUGCUCAGAACAUUCCAAAAAUUCAGAGAGCAUCUGGCUGAUAAGGUGUAAGGAAAUAAAGGGGACUGUAUUGGGCCAAAUAUGUUGAAAAUGUGUGUGGAGAAUUGUAAAAAUGUAUUUCAAUCUGUACAUGCAUAUUCAGAUUUGUGAAUGUCAACGAUCUCUAAAUGUGUAUUCUGCUUUGCAAGUAUAACAAGAAUUUAGAACAUGUAAAUUAAUCUGUGUUUAUGCGCAGAUUUGUGAAUGUGUACACAAAUCUCUGUGUGCAUAUGAUUUGUACUUGUAUAUAAGAAUCUGAAGAUGAGUGCUCCAAAAAGUGUAAGUGGCCUUUUACACCAAAAAGUUUGGGGGAUAUUUAUUAAGCCUGUCGCAAAUUACAGUCAGAGGCACAGCAUUUUUUUUCUCAAUUUAGCAGGGUAUUUAUUAAGACCACAGAUGUAAAUGAGCCUAGCAGCAGUUCAUCUGAUUUGCAUUGCAAGUGCCACUGCAUAAGACCUAAUGCAGAGCUGUUUUUACCUGUGAUGCACAUGUCUAGAAAACAAAGGAGUGCAAAAGAAAUAGUUUUCUGAUGCUUAACUUGCAAUUUUUAUUGAAUAGAUAACUAAUUUGGAACUGUAAAUGUGUAUUCAUCCUACAAGAGGAAACUACAAGAAACAAAAGAGUAAAGUUGUGUGAGAUAUAGAAGGUUUUUGCAUUGCUGCUCUUAUAUGUAGUGGUGCUAAGUGGAGAGUUAGUAAGUUAGUAACUUGCCAUGUAACAUUUGGUACACUCCACCAUGCCUGAGAAUUGCAAAUAUUUAUGUUGAUCUCUCUGUAACUUUACGUUUAAUUUUCCUCGAGCUAAGGCUCACAGGGUCUCACUGCCAGGAUGACACUUCUCUCUCAUUGUAGAACCUCCAUUGCCACAAGGGAGCAUCUGAAACAGCAGGAGCAUGGUGCAACGUAGCUGAAAAUAUCACUUUGCUCUUCCUAACUGCUCUCACAAGAAGCAGAAACAGGCUUACUUACAUUUUCAUGGCUUUCUAACAUUACCUAACAGUGUAGCAUUGCUGCAGUGUUUCCCCUGAAACAACUUCAACAUUAAGUUAAACUGAUUUUAUGAAUUGCAUAUUGUGUUUGUUGUUAACAUUACAAUGGAUGUGGGCAAUCCUCAUACUGUAUUUUAUUGUUGGGGGUAAGCUUGCAUUAGUGUCUAGUGUGUUUCUCUAAACAAAUGUGUAACAUGUUGUAAUGUGUAACAUUAAAAAAGGCAUUUAUUAUCAGGCUAUCUAAAGAGAGCUAAGCUCUCUUUAAGUUACUCUGUGAUUUGGUCAAAUAGUGUUCCCUACACAAUUAGCAAGAAUCAGAUCGGACUCACUAUCUGUAAAUACUCAAUAUUCGGAUCAUUAUUAGUUUCCAUAUUGCACCUUGAGACUUAGCACGGUACUGAACUCUCAACCUCUGUAGUGCACAUUUUGUUACAAAAAGUGCACACACUACACAGUUGACUUUUAUGCUGUUCUAUUAUUGGCAGUUUAUUGUUGUUGUUUUUUGUACUGUAACUAUAAAUGAGUCAGUUCCUGUCAAAAACAUGCACAUGGUUGGUUUAAACAGUUGGACAUUUGCAGAUCUCAGCUCCUUUAUUUUUUACAACUUAAACCCCCCCGGAGAAGGAAAGAUGUGUUGAAAUAUAAACAAAAAAUAUUGAAAUAAAUAGAUUGCAGUGUGCAGUUCUCCUCAUUUUUGUUUACAAUUUAGACCCCACUAUAAUCACACACUAAGGUAGAUAUACUAUAUAGAUAUGAUAAUUUAACUAAAAGUGUCAUGUCAUAUUUCAGCUUUAAAUUCUAAAGAUACCAUUUACAUUUGCAAGACCAUUUGCAAGACCAAAGUUGUGUACAUGAUUGCUGAAACAGGGCUGUUACACUCCACAUGUAUCAAUAUCAAAAAAUUAGCUGUCCUUAAGUUGGUCAACCUGUUAUUUAUUAAAGGACAACUAAACCAA